GUUUUCCAGCAUGACUUCUUCGUGUUCUGGUGUGGCAGCAGAGAAGGAACUUCAGUCAUACUAUGAGCUCUGCAAUGGGGAUGCUGUGGAGAUAGCGCGCAUGACCCGCAUAGCAAAUGCCUUCAAGAACGGUGAGAUAACGGAGGAGGUGCUUGAGGUCUGCCCAGAACUGGCUCCGCUCUAUAAACAGUGUGAAAAGCUAAAGUAUCGCAAGACCAUCCUUGACAGGAGCCUCAAAGAACAGCUAGCAAAGAAUGCGAAAAGUGGAAUAUCGGUAGGAGUUACUAGCAAAAGCGGGAAUGGGAAUGCGAAGGUUGUUGGGAAACAGGAAAAGGGAAAGAAAGACAACAAUACACCCAGCGGUGUGGUGAAGCAGAAGAAGUACAACUACGUCACCAUCACAGAUUAUGGUUCAAGCAUAUUGAGCAGACUCACCGAUAUCUUCAAGAAGGCGAUUGCUGAGGCUUUCCCCAAUGUAGAAGAUGUAGCAGUAGCAUUGACAGAAGCAACUAAUGCCAAAUUUGGUGACUACCAGUGCAACUCGGCUAUGGCUCUUUCUGCGAAAUUGAAGGCUGCAGGAACACCAAUGAAACCCUCAGAAGUUGCCGAACAGAUCGCUAAAAGAGUGCCUGGUUGUGAGCUUAUUGAGAAAAUCGAAGUUGCUCCGGCCGGCUUCAUCAAUGUGUUUUUGAACAAGUCAUUCAUUGAAAAGGAAAUAGGAAUCAUUGCUUCCAAGGGUGUUCAUCUACCCAAAGUGCUGAAAAAAAGAGUCGCUGUCGACUUUUCAUCACCGAAUAUUGCCAAGGAAAUGCAUGUGGGCCAUUUACGUUCAACAAUCAUUGGCGAUUCAGUUUGCCGUCUUUUUGAAACCGUCGGUUUCGAGGUUCUGAGAAUCAAUCAUAUCGGCGAUUGGGGUACGCAGUUCGGUAUGCUUAUCGCACAUCUUUACGAUAAAUAUCCUGACUUCAUGAGUAACCCACCUCCUAUCAGUGACCUGCAAGCCUUUUAUAAGGAGUCUAAGAAACGAUUUGACGAAGACGAAGAGUUCAAAAAACGUGCGUACGAUUGCGUUGUGAGAUUACAAAGCUACGACGAAGAGAUUGUUAACGCUUGGACAAUGAUUUGCAAUAUCUCCAAGAAAUAUAACCAGCUUGUGUACGAUCGACUUGACAUCGUUAUCGAAGAUGUUGGCGAGUCGUUUUAUCAGAAAAAGAUGGUAACAUUGGUUGAGGAACUGAAGAAAAUCCACACGGACAAUUUCCGAGAGGAGGAGGGUCGCCUCUUGUAUUUCCCUGCAAAUUGUGAUGUGCCUUUAACAGUAGUCAAGAGCGAUGGAGGUUAUACCUAUGAUACCUCUGAUCUGGCAGCCCUGAAAUAUCGGCUGAAAGAGAGGCAUGCAGACUGGUUGAUUUAUGUAGUAGAUGCCGGUCAGAGUUUGCAUUUUGAUACUAUAUUUGCUGCUGGUCGUGAACUCGGUUGGUAUGAUGAGGCUGUGCAACGCGUAGAACAUGUAGCUUUUGGGCUGGUGCUAGGCGAAGAUAGAAAGAAGUUCAAAACUCGUUCUGGCGAAACGGUUCGUUUGCUUGACCUAUUGGAUGAGGGAAUCAAACGCGCUGCAGACAAGUUGGAAGAAAAGAAAAGAGCUGAGGUUAUGAGCGAAGCUGAGUUGACUGCUGCUCGUGACGCCGUCGCCUAUGGGUGCAUCAAGUAUGCUGAUUUGUCCCAUACUCGUACGCAGGACUACGUGUUCUCGUUUGACCGUAUGCUUGACGACAAGGGCAAUACAGCCGUCUAUCUGUUGUACGCUUACGCUAGAAUAAGGUCCAUCGUGCGAACAUCUGGAGUCGAUCCGGCUACUAUUGCUGAUUACGUCUCACGAACGCCGUCUAUCCCUAUCUCACAUCCUGCCGAACUCAACCUAGCAAAGCAAAUCUUGAAGCUGGCUGACUGCGUAUUGCAGGUUUUGGACUCGUUGAUGCUGCACCAGUUAUGUGACUAUCUGUACCAACUUGCUACGACAUUCCAUGAUUUCUACACUGCAUGUUAUGUCAUCGAGAAGAAAGAUGGCGACACAGUGGUACACUUCAACCGCCUCGUGCUCUGCGAAGUCACAGCGAACGUCAUGAGCACCUGUUUCAAGAUUUUGGGAAUUCGCGAGGUGCCCCGGAUGUGA